CUCGAGCGCGGCCGUUUGGUGCCGCCGCCGCGCGGGAGCAGGAGGCGAGUGGCCGAGACUGACCGCGGGGGGAGGCGAAGGAAAGGAGCCGCCGGUCCACCCCACAUCUGGAGUCGGCGGCUCUGUGUGAUCCAGCUGCCCAGAGAGAAAAUGAGUCGUCAGACUGCCACAACACUCCCUACUGGUACAUCAAAAUGCACUCCUGCCCAAAGAGUCCCAGCAUUGGCAGGAACUACAGCCUCCAAUAGUGACUUAGCAAGUCUUUUUGAGUGUCCAGUCUGCUUUGACUAUGUACUGCCACCAAUUCUUCAGUGCCAGAGUGGCCAUCUUGUCUGCAGUAACUGCCGUCCUAAGCUUACAUGUUGUCCCACUUGCCGGGGCCCAUUGGGUUCCAUUCGCAAUUUGGCGAUGGAAAAAGUGGCCAACUCUGUACUGUUUCCUUGUAAAUAUGCCUCUUCAGGUUGUGAGAUAACACUGCCACAUACAGAGAAAGCAGACCAUGAGGAACUCUGUGAGUUCAGGCCAUACUCAUGUCCUUGCCCUGGUGCUUCUUGUAAAUGGCAGGGUUCUCUGGAUGCUGUAAUGCCACAUCUGAUGCAUCAACACAAGUCCAUUACAACCUUACAGGGUGAGGACAUAGUUUUCCUGGCCACAGACAUUAACCUUCCAGGUGCAGUAGAUUGGGUUAUGAUGCAGUCAUGUUUUGGCUUUCAUUUCAUGUUGGUCUUAGAAAAACAGGAAAAGUAUGAUGGCCACCAACAAUUUUUUGCCAUAGUACAACUAAUUGGAACACGCAAGCAAGCUGAAAACUUUGCCUAUAGACUUGAACUCAAUGGCCACAGACGACGCCUGACUUGGGAAGCAACUCCUCGCUCCAUUCACGAGGGAAUUGCUACAGCAAUUAUGAACAGUGACUGUCUGGUAUUUGACACUAGCAUUGCACAGCUUUUUGCAGAAAAUGGAAACUUGGGAAUUAAUGUUACGAUCUCGAUGUGUUGAAACUGACAUUUCCAUGUUCUCUUGUCGGGGCCAGUAUAGGGGCAGUAAAUGCUGUACAAUGAACUCUUGAAUAUUGGAUGUAUUGUAUAAUGUUUGCUGCCAGGUAUUUAUCAGACUGGCUUCUUGAUUGUUCAGCAUCUGGGUCAUGGUGGUAAUGUGAAGAACUGGCUCAAUUUUAAAAAAAACACUAAUUAUAAAUGCAGUAAACCACUGAACAGAAACCCUCUUUGUGGAAGGUAAUACUAUGAACCUAAAGAAAAUGGGUGUAAAAACCAAUGCAAGUGCUACAAUCUUGUUCAUUUUGUAGUUUAAUUUUGAUUGUGUAAUGUCAGAUAAAAGGUGUUAACCAUUUAUGUUCUGAUGUCUCUUACUGACAAGCCAUUUUGGGUAGAUUAAGUUGCUGCUUUUCUCACUACAUAGAACUGCUGCUGUCUUGUACAAUUUUUUUGAGUGGCUUUUUAUGAACUUCAAUUUCCCUUUUUUUUUUGGUAAAAUCAGUAUUUUCAAAACUGUUUAAUUCAUUUAUAUCCUGUUCAGUUUACAAGCUAGAAGUUCAUACUGUAUAUUCACUUUUUAAACAUGUUUGCUUGAAGUACUACAUUCCUGUUUGUUAAAAGAAUUUGAAUGCUUUCUAAAUCCUGAAAAUGCUUCAGUUCUGGUAUCUGAUUAAAUAUUGGAUGACUAAACCAACAUUUUAAUGCACUUUCGUUAAUGGUGAUUCUACAAAAUAACUAAUUUUGAAUGCUUAAUAUCAAAGUAUCUGUGGGUUGAUCAUUCAGAUCAUAAUCUAAAACCUCAUACAGAAAGGUACUUGGCCUCUUGGUUUUUACCUCCUUCCAUUAUACUCAUCUCCAAUUGCCUCAGCUGAAGCUUCUUAUAGCCACUGGCUUUUAAGUAAAGUAAUUUCAAUCACUAAAAGAAAUGGAAGAAAAGAUUUGGAUGCCUCACUCCUGUGGAGAAGGUAGACUGCUUGAAUAAAGUGUAAACUUCAGAAGCUCUUUUCCCAGAUAUUCUAAAAAAAUCUCUGCUCUCAAACAAAUACCUACUUUAAAAUAUUUUUAGUUGGAUAUGAUGAGCUAGAUGAGCUUAGAAUUGCUAAGCCAGUCUAUUCUAUCUACUGUUUAAAAUGUAGUACUUUGCUUGAAUGCAGCAAGUUGCAUGCCUAGUGUUUUUGUACAGGAUGAUAAAUUGAAACUUCUACUUAUUCCUCUUUGAUUUAAUUUUGUGAUCAUAUUUUAAUAACUUGCAGCUACUUGCCUGAGUGGUUUUGAAACCUUGUCAUUUCACUGUGCAUGAGGUUCAGCUGUGGAUUUUCAAGCUUCUGCAAACAAGAUUAAAAAUGUUAACUAACUGUAAAUCUUUCAACUUCUCUCACUAUAUCCCAGGAAUAUGUAAAUGUGAGACCUAUUCAUAGUCUGGUUUUUUGGAAGUGCGAAGUUUUGAAUUUCUUAAAUCUUGCCUUGACAAAUGUAGCCAUGUAUUUAGUUUUUGCUUUGUUCUUUUAGAACAUUGAGGUUCCUCUGAUUUAGAUGGUCUCCUCCCUUUGGUUUUGUGUUUUUAAAGCUAAUUUAGUGGCAGUCCAAUUCUGUUUAGAAGUGAUGCAAUGUCUUCCCACUAACUAGCAGUUUUACAAUUUAAGAUAAGUGAUCCAAGACUGAAUUUCUACACCUGUAACUUAUUUUUGUGAAUUUAAGAACUGAGUUUGAGUACUAAUCCAGUGAUCUACAAUCCUGUAACACUUGUAUGUUAAGCAGGUAUUUUAAUUUUUUUUUCAAAUUUCAGUUUAAGGAAAGCAACUUCAACUCUCCAAUCACCAUUAUUUAAAGCAUUACACUGAUAUGUAUAUUAACAGUAUUUAUGUCUAAACUCUAAUAUUAGAUCUCUGCAGUUGAGUAAGUCACUAUGCAACGUGACUAAUGUUCUAGGAGUAACUGGAUUACUUUAAAUAGUCUGCACAUUAACUUCGGAGAUUACGGAGCUUGUAGCUUUUUUUAUAUACUUUAUCCCAACCAAACAAUCUUAUCAGUGUGCAUAAGAUGACCCCCUACAAUGCAUUAACAAAAUCUCAUGCUUGUGGAGAGCCAUUCACACCUGUCUGAGCAAACUGUUUAUCUAUCUUAACUAGCAUCUAGGUUCAGAUUAAAUAGUUCUAUUGAGCUUCCAGGUGACUUUUUUUUAAAAAAACUUUGUGUAACAAGGUGAGGAUUUAUUCAGGAACUUUUCCAAAGAUGCAGUACCAGUAGUAUAAAUACAGCUGCCAGAUGGCUAAAUACACAACAAUUUUCUCUCUCAUAGUAAUAGAAAGUUAUGACUGACUUAACUAUUGAAUGUGUAAUCAAACUAUUUCAAUACUUUAAAGUACACUAUGAUCUAAGCUUGUGAACAAUUUAUUUAGUUACAAUGUAAUACAAACUAAAUUUCUGCUUUCACUUUUAUGGAAGGAUCGAAACCAUAAAGAAUCUGAAUAAUUAGAUCUAGUAUUUGCAGCAGUAGCACUGGUAACUGUAAGAAAAAUCCCUUUUUUCUGUUAUGGGUGUUCUAUUGUGUGAAGUAUGUGGAAUUUAGCCACUUGAUGUACAGUAUACUACCUCUAGCUUCCAGUCACCAUACUCUCUUCUCUAAACUUGAUUUGGAAGUAAUGUGUUUUUAUCAAAGGUCUAUUUUUCAUUUUUCUCCUGUUCUGCUGUCUGAUCCUCCCUGACCUUUUAAAGUAGAUUUAUGGUAGAUCCAUUUUCUCUGCUUAAAACCAUGCUGUUGUAAAGUAAAUGCUGUGUAAGCAUUACAGUUAAUCUUUUUAUACUGUUCUGCCUGAAACUUGAUUUGUGUGUUUAUGCUUUAUUUGCAUUUUAAACUCCAAUAAAAGUUUAUCUCAAUCCAA